UUUGGUUACGUCUCUCAGUAGGCACACCGACCACAGAGGAGGCAACACAGCCGACAUAAAGUUGCCAAAUAACAUGGCAUUUAUGAUAAUGGCAGGAAGAUGCAUCCCGGGAUUGCUGUUACUCUGUCUUCCAGUCUUACUGACCUCCCUUUCUGCAGCCACAGAGGUCUGCAGCAACUCCCUCAUACCUGGAGCUAAAGGAGAUCAAGGUGAGCUUGGUGAAGAGGGAGAUCAGGGAAAACUGGGGAAGAAAGGACCUCCAGGAUGUCCAGGAGCAGCCGGAGAAGUGGGGCUCAAAGGAGCGCUUGGUCCCAUGGGAAAGACGGGACCGGAUGGAGACAAAGGGGACAAAGGAGACACAGGUCUGGAUGGGCCCUCUGGUUUGAAGGGGAAAUCAGCAGGCGCUACAUGUGACUGUGAAAGGUACAAGAGAAUGAUGGGACAGAUGGAUGUUCAUGUAGGCAAGCUGAGGAAUUCGGUCAAGUUUGUCAAAAAUGUCGUGCCGGGCUUAACAGAAAAUGAAGAGCACUACUACCUGCUGGUGAGGGAGCCCAAAGACUUCAAGGAGGCCUCACUGAGCUGCCAGCUGAGGGGCGGCACCCUGGCCGUGCCAAGCACCAACGACAGUAACCGCCUCGUGGCAGACUAUGUUGGUCAGGCAGGACUCACAAGAGUUUACAUCGGCGUGCAGGCUCGGAGCAGGGACACGGGUGGAGCAAACGGCUCACAGAAUGGACUUUCCAGUCCAUUCCGGGGGUUUGAAGCUUGGAGUCAGGAUGAGGAGCUCAGUUCUUCUGGCUCCAACUCAAGCUGUGUGGAGCUGCUCAGCACUGGGACGUGGGGGCGUGUGGAGUGUGACGCUGCCAUGUUUUUCAUCUGUGAGUUUCCAAAAAGCAGGAGAAGAAGAGGAGGAGGAGCAAGAGGGGCUACCUACUCUUCAUCUUGAGUCAUUACUCUAAUUGUACUUCAUGCAAGUACAAUUAAAUACAUGAUGUAUCAUGGAUGUUCUCACAUUUGAAAUGUUUUCACUGUGUGUAUUACUCUCCUUCUCCACACCAUUAAAAGCCUCAUACUGCA